AUGGGCAGAUUCGAAAUGCCGAGCAAGCAGCGAAUGACUGCGCCCUUUGCCUCAAAGGAAGCAUUCGUCGAUUUCCUCCGCUCGCCUCGUUCCAACGACGGUACCGCCCCAAUUGGAGACGAGCGAUGGUCCAACAAAGACUUGGAGCCAACGCCCGUCCAGCAGAGGACGUGGACGUGGUACAGCUUGCCCCUGUACUGGUUCUCUAACCAGUUCUCUCUUGUGGGCUGGAACACUGGAUCCUCGCUCAUAGCCGUUGGCCUGUCAUGGCAGCAAUCCUUCGUCUCAGCAUGCGUCGGUUCGUUCCUUACGGCCAUUAUAGUCGUGCUCAUGGCUCGUCCGGGUGCCAAGUAUCACAUUGGAUUUCCUGUCCUGGCACGCGCUACCAUGGGCAUGUACGGCUCCUACUUCUUCGUCUUCAUCCGAGCCAUCGUGUGCAUCAUCUGGUACGGCAUCCAGACCUUCUACGCCGGCAAUCUUUUGUCUGUCAUGCUGCGCUGCAUCUUUGGCAGCUCGUGGGAAAACUUCCAUAAUGCGCUGUCUCCUGCCGCCAGCGUGACGUCGAAGCAGCUGCUGGCCUUCUUCAUGGCCUGGCUCAUGGAGUUUCCCUUCAUGUGGAUCCACCCGAGCCGCAUCAACUUUGUCUUCACCAUCAAGGGCGUCAUUAUGCCCAUCGCAGCCUUUGCCGUGUUUGGCUGGUGCAUGGUCAACGGCGGCGGCCUCAGCUCCAUAUCGCUUGCCUCCAAAGGAACAAAGACUUCGAUUGCAGCCGUCCCCACCGGCUGGAGCAUCAUGGCUGGCAUCAACACCAUUUUCGGUGCCCUGUCGCCUAUGCUCGUCAACCAGCCCGAUCUGGCUCGCUACUGCAAGAAGCCGCGUGACGCCGGUGCCCUCCAGGGUGUCUCUGUCUUCGUGGCCGCCGUCGUCGUCUUCUUCCUCGGCAUGGCGUCGACAACCUCGAUGCAAGCCGAGUACGGCGUUGCAUACUGGAACAUCUGGGAUCUCUUCGACGCCAUCCUCGACCACCACUUUGGCGCGGGUGCGCGUGCGGGCAUCUUCUUCCUGUCUCUGGCCUUUUACUUUGGCGUCUUCGCGACAAACUUUGGCGCAAACUCGAUCCCCUUUGGCUCAGACAUGACGGGCCUGUUCCCCAAGUGGCUGACCAUUCGCCGCGGACAGAUUCUGUGUGCGCUUCUCGGCGUCGUCGUCCAGCCAUGGCAACUCAUGGCUAACGCCUCAGCCUUCCUCAGCUUCCUGGGCUCUUACAACAUCUUCAUGGCACCUCUCUGCGCCGUCCUAGUUGUCGACUACUUCAUCGUCCGCAAAGGCAACGUCUACGUGCCCUCGUGCUACGACGGCAAGAAAACAGGCCUGUACUGGUUCUGGUCAGGCAUCAACUGGUGCGGCGUCGUCGCCUGGCUGCUGGGCACUACCAUGGGCAUCCCCGGCCUCAUCGGCCAGUACCAGCCGCAGAUCAUCUCCAUGGCGGCCCAGAACAUGUACCGCAUGGGCUGGCUGCUGACCUUUUUCGUUGCAGCCGCAGUCUACUACUUCACUUUCCUAUUCAUCAAGCCCCGUGUUUUCCCGUACGGACGCGAGAGCACGCCGUUUGAGUGGGAGUGGCUGGCGAACGAUGGCCGCGAGGGUUUCUACGACGGAGACAGAGAUGGCGGUGAAAUAUAUGUCGCGGCCACGCCGCCCAUGACGGAUGGAGGCGAGGAUGUCGAGACGGGAGCAAAGUCGCCAAAAGUAACGUAUUAA